AUGGAAAAAGAAGAAGAACCGGUAGGAGGAAGACGAAAUCAGACAAUAAAUUUUCCAAUAUCUUUCCACGACAGUCAAUCAACUAUGGCGAGCUAUUCAUUUUCAUCGCCGGGUUAUGUCAAUAUCCCUCCGUACUAUAACACAACAUCUAACGGCUAUUCAGGUUUAAAUUUUCAAUACUCAUUACCCGAUAGUUAUUCGACAACCGGGACAUCAGCACCUACCAGUACAUCUCCCUAUAGUACUCAACCGGGUCUCGAUCCAGCAUACUAUCAUCAAUUUCAGCCGACACUUGGUUAUCCAUGUUACCCAUCGUCUGCAUAUCCUUCGUCGUAUAGUUUUAAUUCGCCGAAUCAAUUAACAUCUUCGAUCAAGCUUUCGCAAGGAUAUCCCAAUGAAUCAAUUCCCUCUUCACUUCUCGAUCAUUCGAAUCCGAGUACGUCAAAUUCUCCGUCGCCAACCAUAAAAACCGAAGGCAAAUCGUGUUCAUCAUCGAAAUCGAAAGCAAACCGAAAUCGAAAUAAAAUCCAACAACUAUCACCCGAUCCCGAUAAUAAUAUUGAACGUAUAUUUAUUUGGGAUUUAGACGAAACGAUCAUCAUCCUAAGCUCUCUAAUAACUGGAACAUAUGCUCAACACUAUCAAAAAGAUCAUCAAGCAACAAUGAAUUGCGGUGUACAAAUGGAAGAAAUGAUCUACGGUUUAGCCGAAUCACAUCUCUUCCUAAACGAUCUGGACGAUUGUGAUCAAGCGCAUAUUGACGACAUAGCAUCGGAUGAUAAUGGACAAGAUUUAAGUAAUUAUAACUUUGCGAUCGAUGGUUUUCAUUCUUCGCCCUCAAAUGUGAACACUACAGUUCGUGGCGGUGUCGACUGGAUGAGAAAAUUAGCGUUUCGAUAUCGACAUAUAAAAGAUGUUUAUAAUAACUAUCGAUUAGAUAUUCAAAAUUUACUUGGUCAAGAAAAAUAUGAACGAUUACUUCAAUUACGCAUGGAAUCAGAGACAAUAACGGAAUCAUGGCUUAUCCUAGCAUUGAAAGCAUUGAAUAUUAUAAAACAAAGAAAAAAUUGCAUCAACGUUCUGGUUUCAACUGAUCAAUUAGUUACAGCUUUAUCAAAAGUGCUUCUCUAUGGUCUCGGCGGCGUCUUCGAUAUCGAGAACAUCUAUAGUGCAGCGAAAGUUGGUCGCGAAAGUUGCUUCGAGCGUAUCCAUACACGAUUUGGUCGAAAGCCCACCUAUGUUGUGAUCGGCGAUGGACGUGAUGAAGAAUCAUCAGCUAAACAACUUGGUUGGCCAUUUUGGCGUGUCAACGAACAUCAGAAUCUCACGGCAUUAGUUCACGCACUUGAAUGGCAAUUUCUCUGA